AUGGCUAUCCUAGGCAAGCGCAAGGCUGAUUCCGAGCCUGCAAUCUCCGAAGAAGAUGCCGCUGCCAUCUUCCGUCGACAUUUCGAAGCGCAGUUUGCACCAUUGCCCGAUGCGAAGGAACCCAAAUCCAGCUCAAAGAAGACAAGACAUGACGAGGAAAGCGACGAAGACGAUGGCGGCGAAGGAAGCGACAGCGAUAGUAACGACGGUAGCGACAAUGAGGACGAAGGUGAAUGGGGUGGCCUCUCUGGCGACGACUCGAGUGAGGAGGAAGAGGAAGAGCAGCCUCGAGUGAUAGAAGUCGUGGACCACUCUGGAAAGCAACCAACAGCCACAGCCACAAUGUCGAAACGAGAACUAAAGGCCUUCAUGUCAUCACGCCCUCCAGACCAAACAUUCACCAAAUCCGAACCAACACCUGCAGCUACCUCAUCCUCACCGAACGACCUCCCUGAAGACGCACCCGCUCUCCUCGCCCAAGAUCUUGAACUUCGUCGACUUAUCGCAGAAUCACACCUCCUCGCCCCCACUAUCUCGGCUUCUGGCACAACCGUUACACCAAAGACGUUCGCCGCUGGCCGUACUCGUCAGAAGGCUACAGACAUGCGUGUUCAGGCCCUAGGAUCCAAGGUGUCUAUUCAUAAACAGGAGAAGAUGCCUAUGAACAUGCGCAAAGGGAUUGUGGCUGCAGCGGAGGCGCGCGAAACCAAACGUCGAAGAGAGGCUAAGGAGAACGGUAUUAUCCUCGAAAAGGAAACUGGUAAAAAGAAAGGACGUCAAGACCGGAGAAGAGACAUGGCAGUCGAUCGACCCGGCGUCGGCAGACUCAGAGGAGCUGAGUUACGUCUCAGUGAUAAAGACAUCAAGGGCAUAGAGGGAACAAGAGAUACGUUUGGCAGAAGGGGAAGGCGAUAA